ACCCGAAUGGACGCGAUGCCGGCGCCGGCCGGGGUGGCCGUGGCCGUGGACGUCGACGCCGGUGCCGGUGCCGGUGGGGCUGAGGCUGAGGCCGGGGCCGGGGGCGGGGGCGGGGAGUGCCUGCGCGGGCAGCUGGAGCGGCUGAGCCGGGAGCUGAGCCAGACGACCCGGGAGAAGAUCCAGGCGGCCGAGUACGGGCUGGCGGUGCUGGAGGAGAAGCAGACGCUCAAACUGCAGUACGAGGAGCUGGAGGGCGAGUGCGAGACGGUCAAACAGGAGCUGGAGCAGCUGAGAGAGGCCUUCGGCCAGGCUUACAGCAACCACAAGAAGGUAGCAGCCGAUGGAGAGAGCCGUGAAGAGUCACUGAUUCAGGAGUCGGCUUCGAAGGAAGCGUAUUACAUGGGGAAGAUCCUAGAGUUGCAAACGGAGGUGAAACAGAUGAAGAAUGUGCUCACGAAUGCUCAUUCCGAGAAUGAACGUCUCUCUUCUAUCACACAGGAGCUGAAGGAGAACAAUCAGGUUGUGGAGCUGCAGAGAAAUCGUCUUCGUGAUGAUAUUAAAGAAUACAAAUUCCGUGAGACACGGCUUCUGCAAGAUUACACUGAACUCGAAGAGGAAAACAUCUGCCUCCAGAAACAAGUAUCAGUCCUUAAACAAAGCCAGGUUGAAUUUGAAGGGCUCAAGCAUGAAAUUAAGCGACUCGAGGAGGAAACGGAGUUCCUCAACAGCCAAUUGGAAGAUGCCAUCAGGCUGAAAGAGAUAGCAGAACGACAGCUCGAGGAAUCCUUGGAGACCCUGAAGACUGAGCGUGAGCAGAAGAACAGCCUGCGCAAGGAGCUGUCCCACUACAUGAACAUCAGCGACUCCAUGUACAACAGCCAACUGAACAUCUCGCUGGACGGGUUGAAGUUCAGUGACGACUGCAAUGAACCAAACAAUGACGAAAUGGUCAAUGGUUAUGAUCACAAUAGCUUCAGCAAAAUGAACGGUGACAACAAGAUGUCCACACCCAAGAAAAAUGAUACGUUCAAGCCAGCACCAAGCUUGGUGUCCGAUCUGCUUAGUGAACUGAACAUUUCUGAAAUACAGAAGCUGAAACAGCAGCUUAUGCAGAUGGAAAGAGAUAAGAAUUCACUGCUCACCAAUCUCCAGGAAUCUCAAAAGCAGCUGGAACAUACACGGGGAGCUUUGUCAGAACAGCAUGAAAAGGUUGGUAGACUCACGGAACAUGUCACCGCCAUGAAGAAACUCCAGGCUAGCAAAGAACGUCAGACCGCACUCGACAAUGAAAAAGAGCGAGACAGUCACGAAGAAGGGGAUUACUAUGAGGUGGACAUCAAUGGCCCUGAGAUCCUGGAGUGCAAGUACAAAGUAGCAGUCGCUGAAGUCACUGACCUUAAGGAAGAACUGAAAAACCUGAAGACCAAGUAUUCCGAAUCCGAGGACAAAUAUGAGGCAGAGAAGGCCAAGCACGAAAACGAGUCGCAAAUCUUGACAGAAAAACUAGGGAUAUUGGAGAAAGCCAACAAGCAAGAUCGAGAUCAGGUUGUCUGCCUGGAAAAGGAGCUGAAGAAAGUAAGCGAAGUGGCCGAAGGAACACAAGGGAGCCUAACUGUGGCUCAAGAUGAGCUGGUCACUUUCAGUGAGGAACUCGCUAACCUGUACAACCAUGUGUGUAUGUGCAACAAUGAGACGCCCAACAGGGUGAUCCUGGACUAUUACAAGGAAGGCAAAGGUGUUCGCAGUAGCCCAGAGGCGAGAGGGAGAAGGUCGCCAGUUCUGCUGACUAAGGGAAUUUUCCCAGCAGAGAUGGGAAAAAUUGAGAAUGGUCACGGUGAUCAUUCAGCCUCCCCAGUUUCACCCUUGGCGUCGCCAGUCUCCAGCGAUCCACGCAAGGAGCCCAUGAACAUUUACAACCUGGUUGCCAUCAUCCGUGACCAGAUCAGCCACUUGCAGAAAGCAGUGGAUCGAUCAACAGAACUGUCCAGGCAGCGAGUUGCAACCCAUGAACUGGGGCCAGUGGCGGACAAGGACAAAGAAGUGUUUAUGGAAGAGAUUCUGAAACUCAAGUCCCUGCUGAGUACCAAGAGAGAACAAAUAGCAACACUAAGGACUGUACUCAAAGCGAACAAGCAGACUGCAGAGGUCGCCCUUGCAAAUCUGAAGAGCAAAUAUGAAAACGAGAAGGCUAUGGUGACCGAGACCAUGAUGAAACUACGCAAUGAGCUCAAGGCUUUGAAAGAAGAUGCUGCUACCUUCUCAUCUCUGAGGGCAAUGUUCGCUACAAGAUGUGAUGAAUACGUGACACAGCUGGAUGAUAUGCAGCGUCAGCUGUCUGCUGCUGAGGAUGAGAAGAAGACGUUGAACUCUCUGCUUCGCAUGGCCAUUCAGCAGAAACUGGCACUGACACAGCGGCUCGAGGACCUGGAGUUCGACCACGAGCAGAACAGGCGUGGCCGAACCAAAUCGGGGACAAAACCCAGAGUUAACAAUCCCAGUGUAAGUCACAUGCGCUCUUGUGCUGUCAGACAAGAGGGAAUCGUUGUCAAUAACCAGGUGUUUUGCAGUGAAAAGUAUAAAAUCUACUGUGACUGACCGGUGGUACCUAGAGGCUCACAAGAAGUCUGGUAGUAAAGUCUAGGUGUAACACUUUGGUGUUCAGUGCAGCGUUAACGCCCCUAUUUUUAGCAUUGCAGUGAGUUGAUCUGUAUUGGGUUGUAUGUUAACCAGUACAUAAUGUAUGGAGAUGAAAGUAGCUGCAUUCGUUAACGUAAAUACUUUGUGAUGUGGGGGCUUUAACUGUUCGUACCCAUGCAUAUAUAUGGGUAGCAUGGGUAUCUCUGAGGUGUCGUUCAUCUUGUCAGCCUGCUACAGUACCACUGUCUGAAGUCUGCACAGCACAAAUGUGCUUUUAUUUCCUCCCGGCUUUAGUUUGCACUUCACUUUGUAGACGAAGGGGGGGUGUUAAGAUUUUAACAAUGUUGCACAUGUUUACAGUAUUGAUAUAUGCAAAUUCACGCCAUCCCAAUUCCAACUGCGUUUCAACGAUUAACUUUUUUUUUAACCAAAAUGAUGCUCACGUUGAGAUGCAGUUUUCUAAAUGUUUUAAUGAGAACAUUUGUAAUUGUGCUUUCCUAUCGUAACGGUUCUCGGAGUUUACCAUUUACUAACGCUGUUCUUAAAACUUGAAAGUGGGUGAAGGUUAUUCGGUAUCCGAGAGAUACUCUCAGCUUCAAUUUGAUAUUUCGGCUCCAGUAUGCACACACUAGAAUUCCAAGAAAAUGCAAUGCUUCUCUGUGUUUAUGGUUAAAUGCUGUUUGUUCAUGUAUUCUAAUCAUUUCAAAGAUGUCUCCAAAAACUCUGAUGGCAGGGCUCUGCAUUAAGUGCCCACUGGUCAGGUCUUAGGAAAAGAACACAAAUGUUGAAUGCAAAAAAAAAUUGAUGAGUUGAAGUGCUCGUGCUAAUUAAUAUAUGCUCUGCAACUUGUGAAUCAAAACUACUGAAAUUUAACAGUAUGCAAACAUCCUGGCUGCAAAUAGUAAAUCGAAUGCAUAUCCUAUUUGCAGGAUGAGAAAUUUUGUAAAAUGCAGGGGAUGUCAUGAUUGCAAAGAAAAAAUGUGGUUUGUUAAUGUAAAGCCCUGUGUUGGAUUGUCUGUCACUAACCAUUUGCUUUGUGUAAUCGUGAAUCCUACGUGAAUCCUAGGGGAAAUGUACAACCUGCCUGAAAUGGAAUGAAAUGCGGAAUGAACAUUUUUCUCUAAAACUGUUAAUCCUCCUGUACUGCUGCUCGAUCUUCUUCACCUAACUACCAUUUCUCAUAGAUUAUAAGCAGCAUGCUCCUUCCAUAUCGCUGCGCAGCCUUAAAGUAGUCAGGAAAAAUCACUUUAAAAGCACAAGGUAAUCGACUUGUGCAUUAAUCGCCUUGUUGUCCGUCCCCAAAAAAGAGAGUGCUGAGGUUUUUUUCUAAAUAUUAUCGCAACGUGGAAAAUCCCCAAUUUGUGAAAUACAAAAUUCAAUAUUUUGCCAAACGGUUCGGUUGAAUUGUGUAACUUUUUUUUAUUAGAAAAAAGCCCGGAGCAAUGUCCCUAUAAGGAUUUUGUUUAGUUUGUGCUGUGCCUCUCAAUGAAAUGCAUUGGAUUUGUAUCAUUACUUAGAUUACAAACUGCAGCUUCUGAAUUGCUGCAUCUUUAAUGCAGUUAAUCUUGUUCUGUUGACAAGAGGGUAAAGUUUGCAAUUAAUUAUGGUCCGUAACCAAGACCAUGCAAAUUAAUAUAUAGCAUGUCCACUACCGAUAUGGAGAAAGCUAUAGUAAAAAGCGCAUACUGUUCGGAGUUUGGUAAUCGAGUAUUAAAUAUGAACCUGCACAUAUAACAGACAGCUGUGAUUGUGGAUUUUCCCUCUCUCUUUUGGGUGGCUCUUGGCCUAGAUUAGCAGGGUAUGAUCUCACGGUCACAAAAGGAAACUGGACUCGUUUAUGUCGUUCAGCUUCUCACAGUGAAUUGAUGUGUAGUAUUCUCCUGGCUGUGAGCUUCAAAAUGACUUGAAGCAGAGUUGAAUGGCAGAACUCUUUCCCCCCCAAAAGAACUCUUUACGAAGCAGAACUUUGAAAUGAAUUAAGAGUCUUGCUCCUUUUAAUUUAAUUGUCAUUGUUCCCCAUCUAUAGCGUCAUUGGAAUUCUGUGUAUGUAAGAGUAUCUGUUAGUGUUCAACCCUGUUUUAAUCUUUUAUGCUGCACAACCCUUCAAAGGCCUUUAUUCUGCUGGUACUUAAUUGCAUUGUGGAUUACUGAGAAAUAAAUACCAGUGGUUUUAAUGACACUGGCAUUUCAAAAUGUGAACUUAAACACUGUUGCUCUAUUUGAAGCAUAUGUAUGUUUGCUUCCAAUGUUUCCGGAAGCUUUUUAAAGGAACAAUUGUUUCUCUCUAACGGUAGUGUGUGUGUAUGUCAAAAAAAAAAACAAGCAGCAAAUUUGAUUACUGGCAAAAAAAAAAGAAAAACAUUUUGUAGAGUGACUUCGAGCAACUGUUCAAAUGUAUUUUAAAAGUAUAAGCUGGUUCUUUGAUAAUGGCAUCCAUCCCGCACAAGUUUCCCAAACCCUUUUGGAAUGCUCACUCUGUAUAUCUAGUGUUCUCUUAACAGCUGCUGGGACACCAAUGUUAUUGCCUACCUCCGCUCACAGGCUUGCCCUAUGGCUCUGGCUGGAUCUGCUAUUCCUUACACCAGCCUGCAUGUAAUGGCCUGCAUGUCUCCGUGUAAUGCUAAUGGCUCCAAAAAGCAGUUAGUUUGAUAAACUGUUCUCCCUGCAUGACCGUGUAAGGUCACUCAAUACUUGUGAGGCAAAGCUUCCUGCAAAUGGCUCUCGACUUGUUGCUUAUAUCAUAUUGAACCUUCCCUUCCCUGAUGCUUGAUAUGUUCAGAAGCACUUCAGAAUGGCUGCCUUCUCUGACCUCUAACAGUCCCACUGUUCUCAUUAACAGACUAAUCUGGCUUGGCAAACCCUUUAUGCUAUGCAUUCAUUCUUCAUGAACUACAUCAUGUGAAGAAGGUGUUUGUUUUUCCGAUAAAUUUUUUUGGGCUAAUUUUAUUUUGUUUUUCCCUUUUUCAGCGAUAAUAGUCCCAGGAGAUGGACUUUCCGACUGAGAGUGCAGUUUAUUGCAUUCCCCCCGUUUUAAAAACAAAAUUGCUAGAGAUUAUUAACGCAGAGUAGCUUGUGGCACAAACUGAACUGGUAGUGAAGAAAACACUAUUGAACCAUAGUAAUAAUAAAGUCUAAUGCCUUGUGUUUUUCUAUCACAAUAUAACAUUGCAAGUAUGAACAAAAAUGCAUUGCUAAUUGCUGCUGCAGGAAGAGAACUCACAAGUAUUGAAGAAAUCUUCAAUGAUUUGAAUAACCUGUUGCUUUAUAGUAGAAUAUUACAGGAGUCGGAGACGCGUGUUAUGGUAAUCAUUAUGUUUUUUGUGUUGCAAUUAUUCAGUGUUUUUAAUCAGAUGUUAUACCCGUGCACUUUUGAUAUUUUUUUUUAAAAUUCUUACGAAGGGUAGAAAAUGCUGUGGUAUGUAGAAAUAAACCCCUUCCUCUCCCUGGUUAUUUUGUUCUGGUGGCUUGCUCCCCUGCACCAGCAUGUUUGUAGUGGGUGUAUUUUGUUUUAAUAACCUGUAUUUGAAUUGAAUUUCUACACAACCUGGGGGUUCUGUUGUAAACUCUCCGUUGUGCUUCAGCAUUUUCUCCAUUCAAAUUUAAGCUCUUGUUUUAUUUACUGAUGUUUAACUGCCAUGUUCUAAAAUCCAGGGUGAUCAAAUUCUGGGGUUUUCAUGUCUAUUAUUCUUAGGAAUAGUUCAAUUGUAACAAGGAAGAAAACUUGACUUUGUUCUGGUAACCGGUAAUGGGGCACUUGAAAAGUAGCAUUACCUACAGAUGCCAGGAUUUCUGUGUUUUUUUUAUUAAAAAAGACUAAAGUAUCAUCGAUUUAACAGAAUUUUAUACGAGUACGCCAAAUAAAUUCCAAAUUGGAAUUGCGAACAUUAUUUUCUUGUUUUGUCGCUGUGCCAAAACUUGGUACACAUAGCAGAUUAAAAAAAAAGCUGAAGAUUGUCUGUUGCGGGGUGUUCCGUUUCCAUUGCCUUGUUUUUUGUUAAUUUUGCCAGUUAGUGCCUUUGAUAAUUUCCGGAGAGAGUGCUCGAGCCUCUAAUUUAAUUUAUUGAACACAAAACAAAAAUUUUAUUCAAAUUUCUAAAAAAAAAUGUUCAGAGCAAUAAGUGCAAUUGAGAACCGACUCCUUGCACAGAAUUUCGAUCGACCAUAGUCUUAAUUUUACGAAGAAAUUGUCUGAAAUUCUGUUAGUUCGACGAUGCUUUUUGAGAUGCAGAUUCAUGCAAAAUUCAGGGGAUGCUAAUUAUCGUACUUUUAGGAACCAAACCUAGUGAUUUGGGACUCCUAACAGAAAAAUUAAUUAAACUGUAUUAACACAUGUGUGGUUGCAGUACAGAGGUCUAUAUUAAAUGUAUCUUAGCUUCAUUCAUAUGGUGAUGGUCACAGUAACUGGUAUUGUCGGCAGGUGUGGAAACGUGAGACAUUAAUAAUUUUUCUUACCAGCCAUGUAUGUAAUCAUUGUGUAAAUUCAGCAAACAGAAAAUAAACACGGCAUCAACAAAUCCAGACACCCGAUCACUCGGGUGGUGUUUGUCGAGGCCCAGUCCGGAUAAAUUGGUUCAAAUUGAGACGCGUGUUUAAAUUAAGUGCAAUUCUGAUGAUGAAUCCUAGCGUUGUUGAGAAAGAUAUUUUCUGUUCACUGAAAUAAUGGUGGUGUGAUUCUUACCUGUGCAGACUUUCUAUUUUCCUUUUAUUGCAGUAUUGAUCAUACGCUCAAUUGUUACAUUUAAAAAAAUUUAUGUACUUCAUGUGGGUAUUUAUUUGAAGCAAUUUCACAGUACUGUAUUAUUUUUUAUGUGCAUUAUCAUUUAGUGGCAGGUUGGCCUAAACUUAAUGUCAUAUGCAUGUGUGCCAGCCUAGAGACCUUUACACAGAUUAUUUUUCAAUUAAAUUGAAGAUUAAAGUGUUUUUUUAAAAAAAAAGUUUCAGAAAAUGUUAACUUUAGGUUAAAGAGUUGGCAUAUAACGUGGAAAUAAUUGAAAACUAAAGAAAGGUUUAUUGUCCCAGGACUAUCUGUGCAAAGGUAAUCAUAUUGGCUAUGUCAAUAAAUGUGACUAUGGAGAAAA